UGAAAACAAACACUAAACGUCGCUACCUGUGCAAGGACUUUGUUCUGAAGCCAAGAUCGCUUUAGAAAAACCAGGAGACAAGAGGACAGCCCCGUUGGAGCUUGGACAUGGAAAGCGGACACGUCUCCAUCAGGAGGACCACUUCCGCUGGGUACAGAUUGCCAGACAGAGGUACAGCACAGCUGGACUCUGCCUCGUCUUUAAAUAAGUCGGGGGUGCGACAAAACCCACCACCCGGUGCCAGGAACAAGGAGAAACAAGCCUGGGGAGAUGUGGUGAGGAAGGACGACACCUGGAGAGAGUUUGUGGAAGCGGAGAAAAGAGCAGGAAAGCGCUGGGAGGAGAACUGGAGUUUCCUCAAAGAAUAUGACCCACUGGGCAAUAAAAAACAGCAGGAAAUUCUCCCAGAAGAGGUCCCCGUUUUUUCAGAAAAAAUACCCAAUACUACAAAUCAGAAUAUCGGCAGCAGGAUCAACACUGAGCUGGGGAAGAGACUGGUCUGCAUGGAGUAUUUGCUCAUGGGCGGAAAUCAAAAGAGGAAACUUGGAAAGGAACUUCUGCCGUGUUAAUACGUCAUCUUUGUACUAUAAUAAAAAAAAUGU